GUUCUAAGUCCGCUCUGGUCACACUGCGCAACGAGUUCGCUGCGGCGCUUUCUUUUUCAAUGGACUAAAUUUUCUUUAAUUGCUCUAUUUACGCAAGUGCAACGAAUCGAUGCAAUCGCCCGGAUCCGGAAAUAUUGCGGCCCUGGCAACGCGAUCGCAGUAGAUUUGCGACCCGUGGAUUGCGUUACAGUGCGGGAAAUGCAAAUUAGACGACCAUCUGGGCGGCGAUCGGUGGAAAACUCUUGAUUUUACAGUGGGCGCUCCGCCAAGGACGACCUAGAAAGGCCAGAGCAGCAGAAGCAGAAAGUAGCACAGGUGACAUCACCACACAACGAACCAUGAUCCACGUCGGCGAGAACUCGUGGAAGCUCCGGAUCUUCAUCACGGAUCUGGCGCUGGAGAAGGAGAUGCGCGUGCGCGGUGACCAGCACAUUGGGGGCAUCAUGCUGCAGCUGGUGGAUCCGGAGAACCCCAAGGACUGGUCGGACCACGCCCUCUGGUGGCCAGCCAGGAAUGUGUGGCUGAGCAGGACGCGACUCACCCUGGACCAGUGUGGUGUCCAGGCGGACAGCCUGCUGCACUUCACGCCCAUGCACAAGAUACUGCGGGUGCAGCUGCCGGAUCUGCGGUAUCUGGACUGCCGCGUGGACUAUUCCGUGAAGACCUUCGCGGCGGUGGUCAAUCUCUGCAAGCAGCUGGACAUCCGCCACCCCGAGGAGCUCUCCCUGUGCAAGCCCCUCGAGGCGGAGCACCUGAAGCGCAACUUCGCCCAGGUGCCGCACCAGAAGCGAGUGGCCAUCGCCGAGCCGGAUGGCACCACCUACCUGCAGCCGGCCGCAGACACCAACUCGUUUGUGCCCAUCAGCACCUCUUUCCAUGGGGAUGGCGGCAGCACUGGCAGCCUGGACAAGCCCUCUGCCCCGGGAUCCUUCUUCUGCGCCCCCCUCUCGCCGCACAAUCACAGGGGACGCUCGCCAGUGGCGGCCCCAGCCUCCCCAUCGCCGGGCACCUGGAAGCAGAGCCAGCUGGGCUAUGCCACCUAUGAUUCGUCCUCUUCGAGUCUGGGCGACUUCCAGGAGAACCUGGCCAGCUCACCGCCCACGCCCUGCUCGGAUGUGCGGGCCCUGCAGCUGCGCCCCAAGUCGCUGGUGGAGAAGGCCCGCCUCAAUGUGGGCUGGCUGGACUCGUCGCUGUCCAUCAUGGAGCAGGGUAUCCGGGAGUACGACACGCUGUGCCUGCGCUUCAAGUACUUCACCUUCUUCGACCUGAAUCCCAGGUGCGACCAGGUGCGCAUCAACCAGCUGUACGAGCAGGCCAAGUGGAGUAUUCUCAACGAGGAGCUGGACUGCACCGAGGAGGAGAGCCUGAUGUUCGCCGCCCUGCAGUUCCAGAUCAACCAUCACGUGGACGCCACGCCCCAAGGCGGAGCCGUGGACUCGGGCAUUGAGACGUCCAGCCAGGAGAACGACAACGACGACGAGAUUGAUUCGGCCCUCAAGGAGCUGCAGAUCACACUGGAGGGACCGAAUGGUGGCGCAGAUCACAUGAACAUCACACGCAUCCCCGAGCUCUCCGACUACCUGCGGUAUCUGAAGCCGCAGCGGUUCACGCUGCGCGGCUACAAGCGCUACUAUUUCACCUACCGCGAUCUGCAUUUGCAUUUGUUCAAGAGCGCCGAGGAGUCGCGCCGUGCGGCUCCGGCCAUCAGCAUCAACCUGAAGGGCUGCGAGGUCACCCCGGAUGUGAACCUCUCGCAGGGCAAAUACGCCAUCCGGCUGGAGGUGUCCCCGAGCAGUGGCCACGGGCCCAACAGCGAGGUGUGGGUGCGCUGCGAGAACGAGCAGCAGUACGCCAAGUGGAUGGCCGCCUGCCGGUUGGCGGCCAAGGGAAGAUCCCUGGCGGACAGCUCGUACGAGAGUGAGGUGGAUGCCAUACUCUCGCUGCUGCAGAUGCAGCGACCCGUGCACGGCGUGCACGUCAACAUCGAUCCGCGCUCCGUGGAAGCAGCCGACUACCUGUCGCCCAAGCUCCUUCGGAGACUGUCCAACAAGGCAGUGCAGCGAAUCCUCGAGGCACACGCCAAUGUUCGGGAACUCAAUCCUUUGGAGUCCAAGCUUAAGUACAUCCAGGCUUGGCGGUCGCUGCCCGACUUCGGAGUCUCGCUGUUCAUCAUCAAGUUCGACGGGCAUCGGAAGGAGGAGCUGCUGGGCGUGGCCCACAACCGCAUCAUGCGCAUGGAUCUGAGCUCUGGGGAUCACAUCAAGACCUGGCGCUACAACACCAUGAAGGCCUGGAAUGUCAACUGGAACAUUAAGUGCAUGAUGGUCCAGUUCGAGGACGAGAACGUGGUCUUCUCCUGCCACUCUGCCGACUGCAAGGUGGUGCACGAGUUUAUCGGCGGCUACAUCUUCAUGUCGAUGCGCUCCAAGGACAACAACCAGACCCUCAACGAGGAGCUCUUCCACAAGCUCACGGGCGGCUGGUCCUAGGACUCCAUUGGACUCGAAUUCGAUGGCAGCCAGUUUCAAGUGUUCGAGUUUUGUAAGGAAAAACAAACGUUUUUAUUGUUAACCAACUGAUAGACUCACAACUUCAACACGUGUAUUUACGGUCAUUUUACCUUUUAAUUCGUUGUUAACUAAUCUUGUUGAUGAUUUUUAGCCACGAAAAUCGCUUGCCAGUGGCCAUUUAGCCUGCCCAACUCUUUAACAGACUUAACUGUGGCCUUAGCAAUGUUUACAAUGACUAACUUUUAAGUGUGUAAUAAAUAAAUAAAACCCUA